CUCCCUCACACCACACCACUCAUGCAUCGCUUGGUUCAACAGGUGCGCAUGCUACAUCCAGCUGUUCCCUGGAGACCCCAACUGGACACUGCUAUGGAGGCCUACUUGGGGGCCGCUGACUAUGACCCUCACACACAGGUGGACGACGAUGAGGACAACUCCCCCCAGGGUGGCUGGGACACGGUCUUCCUGGUGGCCCUGCUGCUGCUGGGGCUGCCCGCCAACGGGUUGAUGGCAUGGCUGGCUGGCUCGCAGGCCCGGCACGGGGCGGGCACGCGGCUGGCAUUGCUCCUGCUCAGCCUGGCCCUUUCUGACUUCCUGUUCCUGGCGGCAGCCGCCUUCCAGAUCCUGGAGCUCCAGCACGGAGGCCACUGGCCGCUGGGGACAGCCGCCUGCCGUUUCUAUUACUUCCUGUGGGGCGUGUCCUACUCGUCAGGCCUCUUCCUGCUGGCGGCCCUCAGUCUAGACCGCUGCCUGCUGGCCUUGUGUCCGCGCUGGUACCUGGGGCGCCGACCAGCCCGUCUGCCCCUGUGGGUGAGCGCUGGAGUCUGGGUGCUGGCCACGCUCUUCAGCGUGCCCUGGCUGGUCUUCCCUGAGGCCACCGUGUGGUGGUACGACCUGGUCAUCUGCCUGGACUUCUGGGACAGCGAGGAGCUGCCGCUGCGCAUGCUCGAGGUCCUGGGCGGUUUCCUGCCCUUCCUGCUGCUGCUGGUGUGCCAUGUGCUCACGCAGGCCAAGGCCUGCCGCCCCUGCCGCCGCUGCUGCUGCUGCCGCCGCCAACCCCAGCCCCCCGUGGGCCACGGCUUCGCCCGCGUGGCCGAGACCAUCUUGUCGGCCUAUGUAGUCCUCCGUUUGCCCUACCAGCUGGCGCAGCUGUUCUACCUGGCCUUCCUGUGGGACCUGUACCCCGGCUACCUGCUCUGGGAGGCCCUGGUCUACUCCGACUACCUGAUCCUGCUGGACAGCUGCCUAAGUCCGUUUCUUUGCGUCGUGGCCAGCGCCGACCUGCGGGCCCUGUUGCGUGCACUGCUGUCCUCCUUCGCCGCAGCGCUCUGCGAGGAGCAGCCGGGCAGUUUCACGCUGCCGCAGGACCCGCACAGCCAGGAGGCCACGGGGGCUGUGACUCCACCAGGGCCAGAGGCUGGUACCCAGCUAUCAUCAGACUCCGUGGCCCAACCUCCAGUGAACCCCACGGCCCAGCCUCCUGCAAACACCAGUGCCCAGGUGUACAUGGAUUCCACUGCCCAGCCACCAACAGACUCCGUGGUCCAGACCCAGAUAAACCCCGUGGAUCGGCUUUCUGUGAACACCACAGCUCAACUACACGUGAAUGCCACGGCCCAGCCACAUGUGGACCCCCCAGCCCAGGCACACGUGGAUCCCACGGCCCAGCCACCAUCAGACUCUGUGGUCCAGCCUCAGCCCAACACCCAGGCUCAGACUUCUGAACCCAUGGCGGGCUCAGCCCCUGGCCCCGAUGCCCCAGCCUCCCCUAUCCCUUCCUCAGACCCUAUCCUGGGGACCCCCGAGGCCCCCGCUGAACCAGCAGCCCCUGAGGGACACAGCCUCAGCAGUGUCCCACUGGACGAAGCUCCCAGCGCAGGCCCCACGUGAGGCCCAGCCAGGCCCAGGCCCACGGGG